AAAGGAAAAAACCUCCCCACAAUAUCCCGUGCUGCACCACAAGCUCUCGCUCCUUCCCACCACUCCUACCAUUCCCUUUAUUUCUCCUCCUCACUCACUCAUUUCCCACAUAGAGCUCUAACGAGAGACGAAGAAAUUCCCCAACUUUUCUUUGCUUUUUUUUUCUUGCCCUCCAGUUUUGGGCUCCGAGAGAGGGAGGAAGGGCAUGGCGGCUUCUUCUUCUUCGGAGCCUGCGGAGACCCUGGAGUACACCGCCACAUGGGUCGUGGCCGCCGUCUGCACCGUGAUCGUCAUCAUUUCUCUCCUAGCCGAGCGGUUCCUUCACUACCUUGGAAACUUUCUGAAGCAUAACCAACAAGAUGCACUUUUUGAAGCCUUACAGAAACUAAAGGAAGAGUUAAUGCUUCUUGGUUUUAUAUCCCUCCUGUUAACUGUCUUGCAAAAUACAAUCCGCCAAAUAUGCAUCCCAACAAGUGUUUCAAUGCACAUGCUUCCUUGCAAGAAGGAAGGCUUUGCCCCUGAGCAUGAGCUUCAUCGUGGAAAGGUUUUGUCACAUGGACUAAGAAAGCAUAGCCAGAGGCUUUUGUCUGAGAGUUCUGAUUCUGAAUUUUGCAAAAAAAAGGGCAAAGUUCCAUUGCUGUCCCUUGAAGCAUUGCAUCAGCUGCACAUCUUUAUCUUUGUCCUCGCAGUUGUCCAUGUUACAUUCUGUGCCACUACCAUGGUUCUAGGAGGAGCAAAGAUCAGAAAAUGGAAGCAUUGGGAGGACAAAAUCAGGGAAGGGAAUUCAAAGGGAGAAAAAUCAUCAAGCCGUGCUCAUUCUCACCAUGAGUUUGGUAUGGAGAGUGCUGUCGGAGUUAGGAGAAAGACAAUGGUCAUAAGCUGGACAAUGUCAUUCAUCAAGCAGUUUUAUGCCUCUGUUACCAAAUCAGAUUAUAGAGCACUACGAUCAGGGUUUAUCAUGAGACACUGCAGUUCAAACCUAAACUUUGAUUUUCACAAGUACAUGAUGCGCACGCUUGAGGAUGAUUUUAAGAUAGUUGUUGGUAUAAGCUGGUAUCUCUGGCUCUUUGUCAUCAUAUUCCUUUUGCUGAAUGUGAAUGGAUGGCACACAUAUUUCUGGUUAUCUUUCUUGCCUCUAAUUCCUCUUCUAGCUGUGGGUACAAAGCUCGAGCACAUUAUUACUCGUUUGACUCAAGAGGCUGCAGAGAAGCAUGCUGAUGAGCAGGAAGCACCAAGUGUCAAGCCAUCUGAUCACCAUUUCUGGUUUCGUCGGCCUGGCAUCAUCCUUUACUUAAUCCAUUUCAUCUUAUUUCAGAAUUCCUUUGAGAUUGCAUUCUUCUUCUGGAUCUGGAGCACCUAUGGCUUUGACUCCUGCAUCAUGGGAAAAAUUGGUUACAUCAUUCCCAGACUCAUUAUAGGUGUGACUGUUCAAGUGCUUUGCAGCUAUAGCACUCUUCCUCUGUAUGCUAUUGUCACUCAGAUGGGUGACAUGUUUAAAAAAGCUAUAUUUGAUGAGCAAUUGAGAUUGACCCUGCAUGGUUGGGCCGAGGGUGCAAGGAAAAGAAAGAGGCCGGGUAUUUCUUCAUUCCUGAAGAAGUUUAGCUCCAAAAGCAAGAGACAAGACAAGUCUGGCAAUGAGGUCCAGAUGCAGACGAUGGCCUCUGAGGCCUCCGCAGUUAUUCCAAAUGCCCUUCCAGCUGCCCUGGAAGGAAUUGUUGAAUCACUGGCUGAGCAUUCAGAAACAAGCAGUCUAGAAAUGACAUCAAUUCUGGAAGAGAGCUUGUAGCAUCAUUUGUCACUCAAUGUCAGGGAAGUAAGCAGUCACAUGAUUUUUUUCCCCCUCUAAUGUUAUGUCUAUUAAACAAACUUACUAGUAGAGCCAUGACAUUGCAAGUGUGAUUUCCAUUUUGUUCUUAUAAAAAUCAGUUCUUCUGAUUGGAUAUUGAGAUAAUAACUGAUCAGUUGAGCUACUAUAUUAUUAAGUUUUCACGGAUCCAGGCUUCCAGCUACCA